AUUACAUCAACAAAUCCUAUUCUCGUCAUGGCAGCAAUGACCACAGCAGCAGUUCCAGCAACGGGAUCUUUCCAGAAACAAGACGAGGAGUGGCGUGCGGUUCUGUCUCCUGAGCAGUUUAGGGUUCUCAGAUUAAAAGGCACAGAUAAACGAGGCAAAGGAGAGUAUACAAAGAAGUUCGAGGAAGGGACUUAUAGUUGUGCUGGUUGUGGAACUGCUCUUUAUAAAUCAACCACUAAGUUCGACUCCGGUUGCGGCUGGCCGGCGUUCUUCGACGCCAUCCCCGGUGCUAUUAAACAAACUCCAGAAGCAGGUGGAAGAAGAAUGGAGAUAACAUGUGCAGUGUGUGAUGGACAUCUAGGCCAUGUUUUCAAAGGAGAAGGUUACUCUACUCCAACUGAUCAACGUCACUGCGUUAACAGUGUCUCUCUCAAAUUCGCUCCUGCUGAUUCCUCCCACUAAUCAUCAUUGAUCGGACCAAUUUAUUUAAUGUAAUCAAAGAAUUAUGUUCUAUGAUCCGUGAGAUGCUUGCUAGUUUACAUUCCUACUCAUGUAAUACUAUAAUAAAUCUUCGUUCAAUCA